AUGGCGACACGUCCGCACGUAGAAGUGCCAACUGAGUAUGGGAACGCCGCGAGUUGGUGGGUGGAGUACCCUGAUGGACUCGUCGACCUGUCGCGCUCGGUGCAUCUAUACAGUGGUUCAAAGAUAGAGAAAGAUGAGGCACUAGCGGAUAGCAAAGAAGUACCAAAAAUAGCACCCGCAAAGCCGAAAGGAUUAUUGGAUAUUGCUGUUGACAAGGAGCGGAUGAUACGGGUGGACCCGAGGAAGAGUGCGUUGGUAGUUAUUGAUAUGCAGAACAACUGGGGAUUAACUCAAUAUGAGUUGCAUACAAUACCUCCGAGCCUUGUGCGUGGGUUCAUGAAGAGCGGGAGCGGAGGCUUCGGAGCCGAGCUUCCUGGUAACUUUGGUCCGCUACUUAUGCGCGGAGCUCAGAACUCUGAGUUGUAUGGACCAUUGCAAGAGGAAUAUGAAAGGGGUAAGAGGGAAGGGACAGAUGUCUGGAUUCAUAAGAAUAGGAUGAGUGGACUAUGGGGACCACAAAGUUCCCUCGACCUUUAUCUCCAAGAAGAGGGUAUCGAAACGUUAUUUAUGAGUGGCGUUAACGCCGACCAGGUGAAACGUACUACAAAAUUAGUGCCUUACGUAGUCUUACUUGAGUUGCAUCAUAGUGUGUUCUAG